GGUUUGGUAGUUGGGUGCAUGAUCAGGCAAGUACAAGUAUCUCGACCCCUACUCCAUUCCGGAAGGAGAGCAGUUGUUACCAAAACCUUCAGCUCCAUAUGGACAAAAUUUUCCAUCUUCUGCCUGAUGUCCUCCUGUAUAUAGUUGACCAUUGCUGCCAUGGACAUGAACAUGGUAAGCCAAGGUAUCAAUGUCAAUGAAUAGCGAACGAUCUAAACGUGGCCGUAGAGACCAAGUUCGUGAACCUGGUUCUAUUCCCUUCCUAUGGGAAGAGGCGCCGGGGCAGCCCAAGAAGGAUUACAUCAUACAAGCGCUUAUUUCUGAUCCCUCUCCCUCUCCAGAGCAGCCAGGGCAGCUUGAGAAAGAUCACAUCAUCCAAACGCCUGCAAUUGAUCGUUCUCCGCCUAAGCUGGUGAUAUCAGUUCCUUUCCAGUGGGAAGAAGAACCAGGAAAACCGAAGACUUCCUCUCCAGCUAGGCUGAAUUCUGUUCUCCUUUUUAGCCCUAUCACUUCUAUCAGAGAAGAUGGCGAAGAAGAAGAAGAUGGUUUUGAAGAUUGUGACGAGGAUGAUGAUGAUGAACUGUUCGAAUUGGACUUCGAAUCUUUUGCUUUUGAUGAAAAUGACCUCCCCAUCAAGAGAUUUUCCAGAUCCACUCCCUCCAUGCUUGCUAAUUGCAUGUCAACCUUGUCGGAACUGUCCAACGCAAUCCCGAUUGAGCACACAAUCUCGAUUACGGACUACCAAUCAUCAAGCAGUCUGAAACAAGAGAAAAACAACAGCGAAGAUGAAAGUUCCUACAUUGAGUUCCAUUUCCCCAUUGUAACUCCUCACACUGGCUUUCUCCAGAAGGUUUUUGCCGGUGAAAAUCACUGCUCUGAUGAUAGCUCUCGGCAAGGAUCGGCAAGGCAAAGCUGUUGCAGGAUCAAGUGCAUUAAGGUCAGAAGGGCGCCUCCUACUAUCGGGGAUCUGAUCUUCACGAACUGUGCGAGAGGAAAGCCCAAGAAGAAUUUGGCUGCCGUUCAUAGCAAGAGCCACAAUUCCUCGCAGGAUAGAAUGGUGUGUUGCGCAUUUGGAACCGGAUCUGGAAGGCUGCCACCGCUGAAGACUAAGCAGCCUUACGUAGGAGGCAAAAGCAGAGCAGACAGGCUUUCACUCAAAGCUGUAUGUACGGGUUAUUAUCAUGGUAUACGAUUAUACCGUAUAUGACGGAAGAAAUUAAAGAGAGUCAGAGAAAUGAAGGCCACCACCAAUUCUAUUCUUGUAAUAUAUUGAAUUUAAUUCUCUGCAUUCUAGCUCCAGUGGUUCAAAUUUUACGGGAAAGGGAAAACAUGCACAUUAACAAAAGA